AUGUUGAACCCUCGCCAUGAAAUAGAAGGAAUGACCAGUGUUCAAAAAAGAAGUUUAUUUACCACUCCUUUCAAUUUAUUUGCUACCCUCUUCAAUUUAUUUGCUACCCUCUUCAAUUUAUUUGCUACUCCCUUCAAUUUAUUUGCUACCCUCUUCAAUUUAUUUGCUACUCCCUUCAAUUUAUUUACUACUCCCUUCAAUUUAUUUGCUACCCCCUUCAAUUUAUUUGCUACCCUCUUCAAUUUAUUUGCUACUCCCUUCAAUUUAUUUGCUACCCCCUUCAAUUUAUUUGCUACCCUCUUCAAUUUAUUUACUACUCCCUUCAAUUUAUUUGCUACCCCCUUCAAUUUAUUUGCUAUCCUCUUCAAUUUAUUUGCUACUCCCUUCAAUUUAUUUAUUACUCCCUUCAAUUUAUUUGCUACCCUCUUCAAUUUAUUUGCUACCCUCUUCAAUUUAUUUGCUACUCCCUUCAAUUUAUCUCCUCUUUGCUACUCCCGUCGAUUAUUUUACUGCAAUUUUUUUUCUAUAUUACUCUUCUCGAUACCUUGUUAA